AUCGAUCAGUGUCAGUAUGUAGUCGAUCAGCCCAGAAAUGCUGACAGCAUUUUUGAGACAGCUAUGGCACGUGUCAGCAGUGCACUUCAACAUGAUAGCCCUGGGCAUGGGCAUGGGGUAUCCCUCCUCCCUGCUGCCUGCCCUCAGGGCACCAGACUCCCCCAUCAAGCUUGAUCUCAACGCCGCCUCUUGGAUAUCGUCAUGUAUAGGCUUCUCCUCAAUACCUGGCUACAUCGUCAGCUCCUGGCUCAUGCACGCCUGGGGCCGGCGCGUGACGUGUCUGAUCAUGCAAGUGCCCGGCGUUCUUGGCUUGCUCUGUAUCUACUUCGCCAACGACUUCUACCUGCUCCUCCUGGGCAGGCUCCUCGGGGGAUUCACCGGCGGUGGCAACGUAUCUCUAGGCUCCGUCGUCAUCGGAGAAUUCUCUAGCCCACAGAACAGAGGCAUGUUCCUCAAUCUCAAAACUGCCUCACUCUGCACUGGUAGCGCCAUUGUCCACGCUCUCGGCCACUUCUACCACUGGAGAACACUCGCGCUGAUGUGCACAGCGCCCUACAUCAUAUCCUUUGCCAUCAUCUGCACAUGGGUGGAGAGCCCCGCUUGGCUCGCUUCCAAAAAGAAAUUUAACAAAAGCAAAGACGCUUUUUUGUUCCUGCGAGGUGAUAGCGACCAUUCUAGAAGAGAGAUCUCGGACUUGAUCAAAACACAACGAAAUCAGACCGAGCAAAAAAAGAAGAAAGUCUGUCGAUUGGUUUUGGACUUCUUCAAGAAAUUUGGAAGGAAAGACUUUUAUAAGCCCAUAUUUAUUUUGACCGUCGGCUUUAUCCUGCUUGAAUUCAGCGGACGCCAUAUUUUUCCGGCGUAUGCUGCGGAUAUUAUUAACCAAAUUGCUGGAAAUAAGGAAGAGGCUUUCUACUACAAUCUAAUUAUAGAUAUUAUCAUCGCCUUGAGUGCUACCAUUUCUUCAAUUGUAGUCAAACUGAUGAGGCGAAGACUCGUGCUGUUCACAACUGGUUUUGCAUCUGUUAUUGUAGUUUUAUUAUUAUGUGUCUAUCUAUAUCUUAGUGCUGAGGGCAUAAUAUCUAAGGAAAGGUCUUGGGUGCCCAUUACAAUAUUCGUUUUGUACUUCAUUUUAGUAAAUCAGGGCAGUGCUCCGAUACCUAUGGCUUUGUUAGGGGAACUCUUGCCCUUGGAGCACAGAAGUGUGGGGUCUAGUGUCUCAGGAAUUACGAUAGCGCUUCUUCUUCAAUUUGGUUUAUCGGUAACUCCAUAUUUGAUGCAGUCCGUAAAAGUUUACGGUACAUUUGCAGUUUUUGCCGCCAUGUCAUCGGUGUGUCUAACUAUUCUUUACUUUGUAUUGCCUGAAACGAAGGAUAGAACUUUACUCGAAAUUGAAAAUUAUUUCAAAACUGGUAGAUUUGAUGAUAUUGAUGAGGACGAUGUAGAAACUAAGAAAAUGAUCUUAACUGAAACAAAGCAGUGAAAUCAACGAAAAGGGAAAUUAUACGAAAAUAUUUAGAGCAGCGAAAUCCCUUAAAUCUACUAUACAUAUAAAAAUAAGUCGGGUUUUCCUUCCUGACGCUAUAACUCCAGAACGCAAGAACCGAUUUCCACGGUUUUGCAUUCAUUGGAAAGGUCUCGGGCUCCGUGAGGUUUAUAGCCGCGCGAUAAAGCUUUUCUGUGACAGACAAAAUUGUACGCGGGCGAAACCGCGGGCGGAAAGCUAGUCUGAAUCUGAAAAUCAUCAUCAUCAUUUCAACUACAGGACGAGGACGGCCACUGCUGAACAUAGGCCUCGCCCAAUGAUUUCUAUACUGCCCGGUUGGUAGCGGCCUGCAUCCAGCGCCUUCCUGCUUAUAAGAUCGUCGGUCCACUUUGUAUUUGCGUGCUAAAUAUGUAAUUCAAUGGGUACAGCAGCUAAUACCUAUUGCGCAUCAUAAUGUGAACUAUAAAUAAUAAUGUGCGAAUCAGAUUGUUUAAUGUACCUAAGCUUUAACAACUUAUUCAAUCUUUUUUUAUGUGGAUUUACCAACGCCUGUUUACAUUACUUUUAUUCUAGUAAUUAGGUAAUUAACCAAGCAUAGGAUGAAAUCCUAUUUCGAAAUAUUUUUCCAAGACCAUUGCCUAGUCAUUUGUUGCAUUGUGAGACUUUAUUCUAAUCUAAAGUUAUAAUUUUGUAGUAAACUGUCUCCAAUAUUUGUUAUAGUUUA